GGAAUUCUAGACCGUUCCAGAGCUGUGACAUAGGGUGGCGUCAUUCCAGAAGGUUCGGCGCUGCCGCUAUAAAAGCCGCGGAGCCGGCCGGGCGCGGCGCUACGGGAUAGCGCUAAAGCAGUUGCGCGCGGCGGGCUCGUGAGUGUGAGAGCGGGCACCAUGGUGAAGGAGACGGGAUACUACGACAUCCUGCAGGUGAAGCCCAGCGCCUCCCCGGAGGAGAUCAAGCGCGCGUACCGCAAGCUGGCGCUGAAGUACCACCCCGACAAGAACCCCAGCGAGGGCGAGCGGUUUAAGCUCAUAUCCCAGGCUUAUGAAGUUCUGUCGGACCCAAAGAAAAGGGACAUCUAUGACCAGGGUGGGGAGCAGGCUAUUAAAGAAGGAGGCUUGGGUGGCAGCAACUUCUCUUCACCCAUGGACAUCUUUGACAUGUUCUUUGGUGGUGGAGGCCGAAUGAAUAGAGAGAGAAGAGGCAAGAAUGUUGUGCAUCAGUUGAGCGUCUCUCUUGAAGACUUGUAUAAUGGAGUUACAAGGAAGUUGGCACUACAAAAGAAUGUAAUCUGUGAGAAGUGUAAAGGAUAUGGUGGAAAGAAAGGAGCAAUAGAAAAAUGCCCCAUGUGCAAAGGAAGAGGAAUGCAGGUUCUUGUUCAGCAGAUUGGACCUGGCAUGGUACAGCAAAUUCAAACUAUGUGCUCAGAAUGCAAAGGCCAAGGUGAACGAAUAAACCCAAAGGACAGAUGUGACAACUGCAAUGGAUGUAAAGUUGUCAGAGAGAAAAAGAUCAUAGAAGUUCACAUUGAUAAAGGUAUGAAAGAUGGGCAAAAGUUGGUAUUUCAUGGAGAAGGCGAUCAGGAACCUGACCUGGAACCUGGUGAUGUUAUAAUUGUACUGGAUCAGAAGGAUCAUAGUGUCUUUCAGAGGCGAGGACAUGAUUUAAUUAUGAAAAUGAAAAUUCACCUCUCUGAGUCUUUAUGUGGCUUCAAAAGGACCAUUGAAACACUGGAUAAUAGAGUCCUUAUUAUAACUUCUAGACCAGGUGAAGUGAUAAAGCAUGGUGACCUAAAAUGUAUCCUUAAUGAAGGGAUGCCUAUCUACAAGUCUCCACUGGACAAAGGUUAUUUAAUUAUACAGUUUAUGGUCAUCUUUCCAGAGCAUCAGUGGCUUCCCAGGGAAAAACUGCCUAUAUUGGAAGCUUUGCUUCCUCCACGAGAAGAAGUCAUGAUUACAGAUGACAUGGAUCAGGUAGAACUUACAGAGUUUGAUCCGAGAGAGAAAACUUGCCGUAAUAGUAGAGAAGUAUAUGAAGAAGAUGAAGAAGGUCCCAGAACAGGAGUGCAAUGCCAAACCUCUUAAAAUGGAAUGGAUGAGUCAUCUGGAAUGUAAAUUUUCACAAUGAAAACUGCAUGGCUUUAAUAGCCAAUACCUCUUAUUUUGUCUUCAGCAAAUUGAGUUGCUGUGUUGCCCAUAUGUUUGUAACCAAUUCAUAUUUAAGUAUUCAUAGUCUUUAUCUGUAACUUAGCACUUCCUAGUUAUGCAGCUGAGAAAAUUGUGCAUAUCUAAGUUGCUAUAAAGGUCCACCAGCUUUAGUGAAGUACCACUCAAGAAGCAGAGUGACUUCAACAGUACUAUUUAUGUAAGACUCUUGCAAUACUAGCUUAGUGUCUUAUGUAAAUAUUUUUUCAUAUGGUAAAGUUAGUUUGUUUUCUAUAAUAAAAACAUCUUAGGUCCAAGCAGAAAUCUGUCUGAAAAGUACAAUCUUAUGAGCCUUUCAUCAUUAAGCCUGUUAAGUGUCUACAAAUGUUAGUUCUGUAUGCCAGCCCAGAACCAAAUGUUGAGCUGAGGCUGUCUUAUGUCCAGCAGCCAAUCUCAGAACUAGCUUGCUUUAGUGUCUCCCUGUUAACUCUUCAAAGUCUCUCCCUCUGUUGCUAUGCAGUUCAGGCUAGGGCUUUAAGGUUUAGUUUAAACAAGCCAUUAGACUGUUUAGUAUUAUACUAUUUUUCUACCUCCUCAGCAAUUUCCAGAAGUAUAAUGGAUUCAGGGCAAACAUACUGCUACACAAAACAAGCUUUUCAUUAAUCAUUUACUUGAGCACCAGCUUGGUCUGCCUGUCUUACCACCUAGCAUAAGCAUGGUUAAGUAGCAAAAACUCAAAUAGGAUAAGGUAUAGUAUGUCUAAAAGUUAGUUCUACUAGGAAAAGCUUUUUACUAAUAUAAUUCCUUGUGAUGAAUACACUUACCAGAUUAAGUGAUGUCAGUUUAGCUGAAACGCUUUACAAAGUGAUGAGCU